AUGAGUGGCCGGGGGAAAGGGGGCAAAGGGCUGGGUAAAGGAGGAGCCAAGCGGCACCGCAAGGUGCUCAGGGACAACAUCCAGGGCAUCACCAAGCCGGCCAUCCGGCGCCUGGCCCGGCGGGGCGGCGUCAAGCGUAUCUCCGGCCUCAUCUACGAGGAGACUCGGGGCGUGCUGAAGGUUUUCCUGGAGAACAUCAUCAGGGACUCGGUGACCUACACGGAACACGCCAAGCGCCGAACGGUGACCGCCCUGGACGUGGUCUACGCCCUGAAAAGGCAGGGGCGAACCCUGUACGGAUUCGGAGGAUAGGAGGAGGAGGAGGAAAGAGCGUUUUGUUUAUUUUUUUUGUAUAAACCAGCCCUUUGAAAACACCCCGAAUGGAAUUCCUCUGAACCACUUUAAUGAAAAAACACAAAACAAAAAAACCCAAAGGCUCUUUUAAGAGCCAGCUCAUUCUGUCCAGGUAGAGGGCUAUUACUGAGGAGCUUU